AUGCGGACCGGCCCCCACCGGGGGUCCCAAAUGGGGGCCCCCAGGGCUUCGGCUCACUUCUGGAAGCAAACCUUUUGGGAAAAACCCCCUCCUGGAGUCCCACCCCCACUCUCCGCGCCCAAGAAUGCUCUUCCCGAGCUCCGAGGGUCCGCGGCGGGGGCGCCCACCACCGUGCGCCCGCCCGCUCGCGUUGGGGCUAAACUGAGGCUCUCGGGGCCGCGCCCUCCAGUGUCGGACAGGGACGCGGACCCCCGACGGCCACGCCACGGCGGGCGGGCCAUUGUCUCGGCCGUCCCUCCCAGCACCACGCGCGGUCCCGGCCGUGGAGACGGACGCGGCCCCGGCGCCCCUUUACCUGCGGCCGUCCGGCUGCACCGCCCGGGCCGCGGGCUGAACGAGCGGCAAGGACGGCGCGGCCUUUGUGCGUCCGCCUCAGGGCCCCGACGACGCGGGGCCCCGGACGGGGCCGCACCAUGCCCGCCUCCCACGGCCGCGGGCGCCGGGACCCCCACCCACACAGCGGCUCCGGGGGGCCGGGCUCACCUCCGGCGCGGGGCGAGGGAGCGGCGCGGGCGCCCCCUACUCGUCCGCGCGGGGACAGUGCAGGCGCGGGGUCCCUGCGCGGGCGGCCGGCGUCCGGCGGGGGGACUGUUGGGGCAGAAAGUGCUCGCAGCAGCUGUUGCGCCCUCCCCCCCCCCCCCCACGGCCGCCCCUCCCGACGCCCCGCCCCCAGCCGCGCCUGUCACGCCCCCUCGAGCCCGAGCGUGUGCGCAAGCGCGCCUCUGA